AUGUACAGAAUAGAUGUUUCAGAUUUUUAUGACUUCCAAGCGUUCAGAAAUAUGUGUCCAUUUAGAGACUAUAACAAAGCAGUCGAGAAUUUGAAACGUUUAGUCAUUUAUGUCGACUCUGCCCCAGAAUGUUAUGUCAUGAAAGAAUGGGAUGUUGUCUUUAACAAACCUAAAGCGACAAUAGUUUCAGAACAAGAAUGUAAACAGAAACUUAAGAAAAUAAAAGUCGUACAAGUUGGUAUGAAGAUGUUAGAUGCUUGGGAUAUCUUAUUGUCAAAACUUGAAGAUUUUUCAGUUCGUGGUAUAAAGUUCUAUACACCAUCUCCAAACUUCUAUUCUAUCUUCACUGGAUAUAAAUACGAACAAGUAGAAUGGAAAGAAAAUGUUAUAGAAGCUUGGUUAGACCAUGUCAAAGAAAUUAUAUGCAAUGGAAACGAAAGAGUCUAUGAGUAUAUCUUAUGUUGGUUUGCAAACAUCUUACAACAUCCAAGUGCUAAAAAUGAAACUGCUCUCAUCAUAAUUGGAAAACAAGGAACAG